AUGAGUAAAGCAGCUGAAAAAAAUAUGGAAGAUCAAAGAACACAUUUUGAUGAAAAAGAUAAAAAAAAAUUAUUUUUAUAUGGAUAUGAACAACAAUUACUUUAUGGAAGAAUAAAUUGGAAACUAGCUGAAAAAAAGAAAAUAACAAAAUAUCCCCUAAAUACUAUGAAAAAUUUAUGGAAUAAUAGCAUAGCUAAUUGUUUACCUCAAUUCAUAGAGAAUUAUUCAAAAGACGUAGAAAAAUUAAAUGAAAUGAAAAAACAAAAUAAAUUGAAAAUAAUUCCAAAAAUAAAAAAAAAAAAAAAAAUAAUUCCAUCAAAAGUCCAAUUCGCAAAACAAAGAUCAAACAUUUCUAUGAAUAGAGUCAUUAAAGGAGCAAGUUUAGAUUAUAAAAAAUUAAAUACACAUAACAUGAGAAAUAAAAAAAAUGUAAAUUCUAUUUUAAAAAAAAAAACCCUUAAUAAAUCUAUUGAUAAAAAAAAAAAAAAUGUCGAAUUAAAAAAUAAAAAUGUUAAUUUAAGUAAAUUAAAAAAAAAAAAGGAGGUGAUUAAAAAAAAAGAAAAUGUGAAUAAGAACAAAGAAGAUACUAAAGUUGAAAAAAUUAAAAAAGACGAAAAACUUAAAAAGAAUGGAAAAAUUAUCAAAAAUGAAAAAGAAAAAAAUAAAAUACAAAAAGAUAAAAACGGAAAAGUUGCUAAAAAUGAAAAGAUCAAAAAAGAUGAUAAAAAAGAUAAAAUAAAAAAUGACAAAGUAGUAGUAAAAAGAGUUGGAAAAAAUGAAAAAGACAAGAAAGACGAAAAAAGUGAUAAAAUAAAAAAAGAUAAUGAAAAAAAAAAAGAAAAGGAGAAAAAUGAUGAUAAGGAUAAGAAAGAAAAAUUAAAAAAAGAUGAGAAAGAUAAAAAUAAAGAUAAAAAAGAUAAAUUUAAGAAAGAGGAUAAAAAGGAAGACAAAAAAGAAGAUAAAAAGGAAGACAAAAAAGAAGAUAAAAAGGAAGAUAAAAAAGAAAAAAAAAAAGAUGAUAAAAAAGAUGAUAAAAAGGAUGAUAAAAAAGAUGAAAAAAAAACUAAAAAAAAUAUAAUAAAAAAUCAGAAAAGCAGAAAAUAA